AUGUCUAGAAACUGUCCUGUUCCUGAAGUUUCAAAACUUACAAAAUUUGUAACUUGUGUCAUCCAUAACCAGAAAAGCAGCAUGAAGUACUGUUUUAGCUUCUCAGUUCUUUCCAAUGCAACUGAAAUUAAAGAGGCUGAUCAGUUCUUUCCAAUGCAACUGAAAUUCAUCAAAAUAAACAGAGAUUCUUUGGCCAAUUGCACUAAUCAACUCAGUGAAGUACUGACCGUAGCUACCAUGGAUGAUCAUCGUGAUAAUGAAAUACAGGGAAUUGAUGGAGCUAGUCAUCCUACGGGGGAAUCACAAGGUACCAACACUAGUAAAAAGACCAAAUUCCGUGGUCCGUCAAAAGGAGUUCAAGCCAAAAAGCCUAUGCAUCUUCAGUAUAAUCAAUAUGGAAUCCCCGAUGGAGAAUGGUCAGGAGAAUACGGGAAGCAAGUUGGGUCUUGUGCUGCUAGAAUUAACAUUAAUGUGAAAGAAUAUUCAACGUUAGAUGAACACACAAAGAAGGGGUUUUGGGAGGAGACCAAGCUUCUGUUCCACAUUAUUGAUGAUCCGGCUAAAAGGAGAGAAAAAUAUUUUCAUAUGUGUGUGGCGAAACGCUUUGGAGCUUUCAAGUCCAGGUUAACGCGGCGUUGGAUAACUAAGAAAGAAAAAAUGCCGAAACAUCAGAAAAAUGACAUGCCUUGGGACAUCUACCAUCAAAUCACAGAGGAUGAUUGGAAAACAUUUGUGAUGGAACGAAACAAGCCGGAGAUGUUGGUUCGUAGAGAAAAAGCAAGUAAAAGUGCAUUACAAAACAAGCACCCACAUCGCACAGGCCAAAAGGGUUAUGUUAGAAAGAGACCAGAGUGGAUAAAUGAUGGGCGACUACCGCCAGAGGCAGCUUUAACCCUCUCAAGUGGCUCCUCCUCAGUGACCUCAUCACUCACCACAGCGCCAGAUAGAUUUAAGAAGUUUAGAUCAGUAGAGUGGAUCUUGGCUCAUCAAGUUAAAAACAAAGAGGGAAAGUGGGAAGUUGACCCGAAUGAUAAAGAAGCCGUAAAUAUUGCUAAGAUGGCUUUGGAGUACAUAGAAGAAGAGGGAAAAGGAAAUAUUUCAUUCACCCAGGGAGAAGAUGCCCUCACCAAGGCUAUGGGAAAAAAGGAUCACCGUGGGCGUGUCAAGGCAACAGGUGGAGUUAAUGUCGGUUACAAAGUUGCUUUCGGUCCAAUAGACCGAAGUAGUAGAUGUGGCCAUAUUGAACCAUCACCGGAGGCUAUCGAAUCAAUCAGAGCUUCGGUGAGAAGGGAGUUUGAAGAUCAAUUAGAGAGAAAGGUGGCGGAGGCCCUCCAAAACCAACUAGCCACAUUGAAAGCAACCGGUCAACUAAACACCCUCUCUACCCCCGCACUUGAUUCUGCUCUUGUAAGUGAUGAGUUUGAUGUUAACCGUGCACUCGUAACCUGUUGUCCGAGUUCAUCGCAGCAACCACGCGAGCUGAAGGCCAUAACUCCAUGUCGUCUUGCCCUUGAGGAUAAAGUUUUGGGUAACAAAGUGAUAGUGGCAGAUGGUAUGGCGUACCCAUUGGAUGGUUCGUUGCACCAACACUUUAGAUCGAUGAAGCCUAGUCAUUAUAAGGUCCAAGUUGAUUGUAUUUACGACGGACAUGAUGAUGACACUCUUCCGGUACCUACUGGAGAUGGAUUCAAUAACUUAGGCAGGGCUCUUGCUAGUUUUGUGCAAUGGCCAAUUCACUUGGUGAUUUUCGAAGAAGACGAGGAGUACUCUACUCCACGCCCAACAAAGAAGUCCAGGAGUCAGAUUUUUGAAGAGGUGGUUGGUAGCUCCAAAGAGAAGAAAAACGAAUUAAUUGUCAAAGAGAAGACAACAGAAUUAGUUGUCAAAGAUAAGACAACAGAAUUAAUUGUCAAAGAGAAGGCAACACUUGAUUUAGGGUCCAAAGAGAAGACAACACUGAAGUUAACGGCCAAGGAAAAUUCAUGCUCAAAUAAGUUGGAGUCGAAAUCGAAGUCGAAGAACUCUAAGACGGCCAAAGAGAUGGUAGGUAGUUGUGAUCGUAAAACUGAAGAAUCAGCCGCCAAAAGUAAGAAGCAAAAUUUGGCAGACGACACAAUUCAAGGUCUUGGCCCAUCAUGCAAUUAUUUGAAGUUUAUCAUCAAUACGGCGCCCGGUGAUGUAUAUAAAAAUACUUCAAUCCCAUUGCCCGCUUCGGUUUGGCAUUAUGACGAAGAUCGACAAACUUAUGUAAAUGAGGUUGACGUUGAAGAGUUCCUUAGAGGGGCGUGCCUCAACAUUUCAGUGAUCCAAGUCUAUAUGAUGUGUUUAUUCCACGAACACACCUUUGCAUUUGACAACUCUCAGAUUGGGUUUGUUUGUCCCGAGGCAAUGUCAAGCUCUAGAAUCAAGGCCAACCCUCAGGCUGCAUCAAUGUAUUUGAAAGUAGUUUUCAAUGCUGAAAUUGAAAAGGAGAAGAAGGGUGAUCCUAACAUUACCAAGUGGUUUUUGAUCCCAUACCAUCAAGAAAAUCAUUGGAUUUUGUACGUGUUAGACCUACGUAGAGGUUGUGCGUAUAUUUUCGACUCUGCGAUAGGUUCCAACCGAGAAAAUAGUGCAUGGGGAAUCUUGUGUUUGGCAUACCAAGUGUACAAGUUUAAUGAUGGGAUUUGUCCGAAUAGAGCGACUAUGCAGGGGUUGAAAGGCUUCCAUGUAAAGUGUGCUCAACAAGUCGGCGCCCGCGAGUGUGGCUAUUACGUUAUGAAGUUCAUGCAUGAAAUAGUCACGUUACACCAUAACACUGAUGAGCGAUUAGACAAUGUUCGUUCUUUUACCAUAUCCAACCCUGUGCACCAUGAAAAAACCAAGCUUGUUGAUAUCGACUGCCACUUUAUCAGAGACAAGGCAACUGAUGGUGUGAUUCAGCUAACCUACAUAGCUAUCAACUAG